AUGGGGUUUGGCAGGGGGAUAUGGGUACCACAGUGGGCUUUCCUGUUAGCAGUUUGCUGUAUCCAUCAGAUAGGAGCCCUGACUGAAAUCCAACAGGAAACAGGAAUCAGAUACACUGAGGGUGUUCAGCAGAAUCAAAACACUUCUGGUACAGUUUCAUCUAAGGUGAACAUCAUCCACCCAAUGCUGACAAAUCCAAUAGUAACACCUUCCAAUCCUGCUCACAAUGGCCGUGUAUGCAGCACAUGGGGCAACUUCCACUUCAAGACAUUUGAUGGAGAUAUAUUUUCCUUCCCUGGGCGCUGUAAUUAUGUUUUUUCAUCCCAUUGCAAUGCUCCUUAUGAAGAUUUCAACAUCCAGAUUAGGCGCAUAUUGGUGAAAAAUGUUCCAAUAAUCAACCGUAUCAUCAUGAAAAUUGAAGGUAUAAUUGCUGAACUAACAAAGGAUGUUGUCCUUAUCAACAGCAACAGAGUUCAACUUCCAUACAGCCAAUCUGGAAUUACAAUAGAGAAAAGCAGCAUUUAUGUGAAAAUUGCCGGCAAGAUGGGUGUUAUGUUAAUGUGGAAUGAACAUGACAGUGUUCUGCUGGAGUUGAAUGAGAAAUAUGUCAAUCAGACCUGUGGACUUUGUGGGGACUUCAAUGGCAUUCCGAUGUUCAAUGAGUUCUAUUCAAACAAUAUUAAGAUGACACCCUUGCAGUUUGGGAACAUGCAGAAAAUGGAUGGGCCAACAGAACAGUGUGAAGAUGCCAUUUCUACUCUGCCAGAUAAUUGCACUCAAAAUUUUGAUGACAUCUGCCAGAAAACAUUGACCAGCUCUGCAUUUGCAGAGUGUAAUGACCUAGUUGAUGUUACAGAGUACAUUAUGACUUGCCAAGCUGACUUGUGCCGCUCUGAAGAGGCUGAAAAUGCCUCAUGUAUCUGUGACACCUUUGCUGAAUACUCCCGGCAGUGUGCUCAUGCUGGUGGGCAUCCUCUGAACUGGAGAACCUCAAAACUGUGCCCCAAGAAGUGUCCUUACAACAUGCAGUACCAGGAGUGCAGCUCUCCCUGUGCUGACACAUGUUCCAAUCCUGAACGAUCCCAGUUUUGUGAAGAACACUGUACAGAUGGAUGUUUCUGCCCCCCAGGGACUGUAUUUGAUGACAUCAACAAUUCUGGCUGCAUUCCCCAUCAGCAGUGCUCCUGUGUUUACAACGGCAACACCUACACUACAGGAGCUUCUUUUUCAGAGCAGUGCCAUUCCUGUACUUGUAACGGAGGCCGGUGGAUUUGCCAAGACAUGUCGUGCCCAGGAACAUGUUCAGUAGAGGGAGGUUCUCACAUUUCCACAUAUGAUAAAAAACAUUAUGAUCACCAUGGAGAUUGCACCUACGUCCUUUCUAAGGACUGUAAAGAUGAAACAUUCACCAUCCUGGUGGAACUGCGCAAAUGUGGCCUGACAGACACGGAGACAUGCUUAAACACAGUGACCCUCAACAUGAAUAAAGGACAAACUGUCAUCGAGGUCAAACGUGAUGGUGGUGUGUUUGUGAAUUCGAUCUACACCCAGCUGCCCAUCUCAGCAGCUAAUGUCACCAUGUUCAGACCUUCAUCAUUCUUCAUCAUCAUGCAGACGAACUUUGGCGUCCAACUUGAAAUCCAAAUCAUACCCAUCAUGCAAGUGUUUGUGCGACUGGACCCUACUUUCAAAAACCAGACCUGUGGUCUCUGUGGAAAUUUCAAUAAUAUCCAAACUGACGACUUCAAGGUCAUAAGUGGAAUAAUUGAAGCAACAGCAACAGCAUUUGCUAACACAUGGAAAACGCAGGCUUCGUGCCCUAAUAUCCAGCACAGUUUUGAGAACCCUUGUGCACUCAGCAUUGAUAAUGAAAAAUACGCUCAGCAUUGGUGUGGACUACUAACUGCCAGCAGAGGACCUUUUGCUGCGUGUCAUUAUGCAGUGAAUCCUUCUGUUUACCACACGAACUGCAUGUUUGACACAUGUAACUGUGAAAAUAGUGAGGACUGUCUGUGUGCAGCCCUGUCUUCUUAUGUGAGAGCUUGUGCUGCGAAAGGAAUCCAGCUGCGUGGAUGGAGGACUGAUGUCUGCUCAAAAUACACCACCUUAUGCCCCAAGUCCCUAAGCUACAGCUAUACCAUCGAUUCCUGCCAACCCACCUGCCGGUCCCUGAGUGAGCCUGAUGUCACAUGCAACAUUAAGUUUGUCCCAGUGGAUGGCUGUACCUGUGUAAAUGGAACCUACAUGGAUGAAAGUGGCAAAUGUGUGCCUGCUAGUGAAUGCCCCUGCUACUACAGAGGAUCUCCCGUAUCAUCUGGAGAAGUUGUCCAUGAAAAUGGGCUUGUAUGCACUUGCAUCCAGGGAAGACUGCAUUGCAUUGGAAAACCCAAUCCACCUCCAGCCUGUGAAUCUCCCAUGGUCUACUUCAACUGUAGAAACAUCACUGCAGGGACAAUUGGAGCAGAAUGUCAAAAAAGUUGCCAGACUCUGGAUAUGCAGUGUUAUAGCACACAAUGUGUGUCUGGCUGCGUGUGCCCAGCUGGGCUUGUGUUAGAUGGGAAAGGUGGUUGUAUUCCGGAAGAGGAAUGUCCAUGUAUUCACAAUGAAGCCAUGUAUCAGCCUGGGGAAAAGAUCAGCGUUGACUGUAACACCUGUGUCUGCAAGAAUAGGAAGUGGGAAUGCACCGAAGAUCAGUGUCUGGGCACUUGUGCUGUCUAUGGAGAUGGGCAUUAUAACACCUUUGAUGACAAAACAUUCAACUUCAAUGGAAACUGUGAAUACACACUAGUCCAGGACCACUGUGGGAAGAAUGGCAUAGCCAAUGGGACCUUCAGGGUUAUCACUGAAAAUAUUCCCUGUGGCAACACUGGGACAACUUGCUCAAAAUCUAUCAAAGUUUUCUUAGAGAGCUAUGAAUUGAUACUUGGUGAGGAGCACGUCAGUGUUGUAAAGAGAGGAGAAAAUGAUGAGGUGCCAUACACAGUCCGUUAUAUGGGUAUGUACUUGGUCAUUGAGACCACAAGCGGACUGAUCCUCAUGUGGGACAAGAAAACCAGCAUCUUCAUCAAGCUCAGUCCUGAUUUUAAGGGCCAGAUCUGUGGCCUCUGUGGAAAUUACGAUGGCAACGGCAUCAAUGACUUUACUACAAGGAGUCAGUCUAUGGUAGAGAAUGUCCUAGAGUUUGGAAACAGCUGGAAAAUAUCCUCUACAUGUCCUGAUGCUCACAGCAUAAAGGACCCAUGUUCUACCAACCCUUAUCGAAAGUCCUGGUCGGAGAAGCAGUGUAGCAUCAUCAACAGCAAUGUCUUUGCUGCCUGUCACUCUCAGGUUGAGCCAGCAAAAUAUUACCAGGCAUGUGUGACAGAUGCUUGUGCCUGCGACACUGGAGGAGACUGUGAAUGCUUUUGUACAGCAGUAGCUGCCUAUGCUCAAGCAUGUAGUGAAGUGGGCGUCUGCGUCGCCUGGAGAACCCCAUCAAUCUGUCCUCUGUUCUGCGAUUACUACAAUCAACAAGGGGAAUGUGAAUGGCAUUAUAAGCCUUGUGGAGCCUCCUGUAUGAAGACCUGUAGGAACCCAAGUGGAAAAUGCCUCCAUAACCUGCCAGGUUUAGAAGGCUGCUACCCUAACUGCCCACCAGACAAGCCAUAUUUUCAUGAGGAUGAGAUGAAGUGUGUUAGUCUCUGUGACUGUUAUGAUAAUGAAGAUGGGAAGAUAUAUAAACGGGAUGAAUGUAAUGUAUGUGAAUGCACGUCAGAAGGUUUACAGUGCAAGUUUGAUGAGAAAGAAUUUACAACUGCAACACCAGUGACAACUGUAUGUGUGAAGAAAGUAUGCACGUGGUCAGACUGGUAUGAUUCCACACAGCCUGAAAACAAAGACGAGAGUUCAGGAGAUUAUGAAACAUUAGAAAAUCUCAAGGAUGAAGGAUACAGUGUGUGUAAAAACCCAGACGCUGUUCAGUGCAGAGCCAAAGAUUACCCAGAUAUAGAAAUAAACCAUCUUAACCAGACG